AUGAAUUCCUCAUUAGUUUCAUUUGUCUUACUCGGCCUCCUAAUUUGUCUUCAGUACUUGUUUUCAUCGUCCUCUGCCCAGCUCGACGAUGGUGAUCAUCGUGAUUAUUUAUUGAAGAUUCAUAAGUUGCCAGAGACCAGCUUGCCUUCCGACGACUGCCUUUCCUUUGGUUAUUAUCGUCAGAAAUGUCCAGAUCUUGAAGCCAUUAUCAAUGCUAAAUUAAAAGAAUGGAUUUCUAAGGAUCCCUCCCUCGCUGCCAGUCUCAUUAGGCUGCACUUUCAUGACUGCUCUGUUAGGGGUUGCGACGCUUCCAUACUUCUAGACCAUGAGGGAAGUGAAAGGUGGGCCGAAGUCAGCAAGACAUUAAGAGGAUUCGAAGUGAUCGAUGAUAUCAAAGCGGAGAUAGAAAAGAAGUGCCCACAAACAGUGUCUUGCGCUGAUAUUCUGACAGCAGCUGCUAGGGAUGCCACUGUUUUGGCUGGAGGCCCGUAUUGGAUGGUCCAAUACGGGAGGAAAGAUGGGCUGGCUUCUCUUGCCAAAGAAGCUGAAGAGGUUCCAAUGGGUCACGAAAGCAUUACUUCUCUCAUCGAGUUUUUCCAGUGCAAGGGUCUCAAUGUUGUUGAUUUGGCUAUUCUUUCAGGGGCACACACCAUUGGAAGGGCUUCAUGCGGUUCAAUACAAAACAGGAUCUUUAACUACAGCGGGACUGGAAAACCAGAUCCAUCCAUUAAUGCGCGGUAUUUGAACUUCUUAAAAAGAAAAUGCAGAUGGGCAUCAGAGUACGUUGACCUCGAUGCUACAACCCCAAGGACCUUUGAUGUUCAGUACUAUUCUAAUCUUCCAAAGAAUAUGGGACUCUUAUCAACAGAUGCAAAGCUGUAUAUUGAUUCAAGGACUGCACCACUUGUUAGCGCAUUGGCUGAUCAACCCUCUCUUUUCUUCUACCAGUUUGGGGUUUCCAUGGCCAAGCUUGGGAAUGUCCAAGUCCUCACAGGCCCACAUGAAGGCGAGAUUCGAACCAAGUGCAGUUUUGUCAACUCGCGUCAAUAA